GGGCCCGUCUCUACCAUGAAGUUAUCUUUGGUUCUGGUUUUUGCAUUCAUCCUCCCGCUCAUCAGGGCUCAGGUGCCCCACUGGGGACCUUGUCCAGAACCAGCAGUUCAACCGGCCUUCACUCUUAAACAGUUCAUGGGGAGAUGGUUUGAAAUUGCCAAACUGCCGGCCCAGUUUGAGAAGGGACGCUGCAUCGAAACCAAUUUCACUCUGAAGACGGACAACUCCAUUCGAGUGGUCAGCUCUGAAAUACUAAAAGGAGAGCUGAGGAAAAUCGAAGGGACUGGAGUCAUAGAGGAUCUGAAGAAUCCCGCCAAGCUGGGAAUAAGUUAUUCCUACGUCCUGCCCUACUCCCCUUACUGGAUCCUGUCCACUGACUACGUGAACACCGCCCUGGUGUACUCCUGCACAGACGUCCUGAGGCUCUUCCACGUCGACUUCGCCUGGAUCCUGGGCCGCACACGAACCCUGCCGGACUCCACCGUCGAGAAAGCCAAGGAGAUCUUUGCCAACAACAACAUUGAUGUCAGCAGGAUGAUUGCCAGCAGGCAGCAAGGCUGCGACAAAACUCUCUGAGCAGCAACAGAAGAGCAGCACCAGAUAGGGCUGUUGUUGGCAGGAGGGAAAAGAUGAUUCAUCCUCUGUUCCAGAAAAAUCUUUGACUAAUAUUUUAUUGUGAUUGUGAACAGGAGGGUAGACUCAGCUCAUUUACUCAGAUUGUUUAUGUGUGGAACAGAGUUUUCCUUACGUUUAAUGAGAAUAAAUAUAUAUUGUUCAUUAAGUAAUUGUAUGUGAGGGUGUUUUGAGUAUAGCAGAAGUGAAUGCUAAGUCAUAGUUUACACAUGUUUUUAUUUAACACAUCCUCACUGCUUGUAAUAUUACGAGCUGACAGUUCUGUUCAUGUUGUCUUAAUGAUCAAUGUUUGUUGUUUCAUGGGCAGUAAACAACAGAAGAAUCGUAUGAUAUUAAGUAAAUCUGAUGUUUAUACCACAAACUGGUGAC